CGACAGAUGGAGCAUGGCGAUUACAUAACAUCGCUAGGACAAUAAUAGAGUUUAGAUUUACUUACCCAAUUAAGCCCAAAAUCUCUUGAUCUUAGCUGAAUUAGGUAAAGCCGCCCCUGCGUCACCCUUUUCUCAUCAACUGGUUUGAUGGACAUUUGGCAAUCGUCAGCGAAGCCCAUGACUAAACCAAACCUUCACCAAAUCUACAUUUCUCUUUACCUUGUAAUAUUAACCAACAACUACCAACGAUGAAUCCAAACCUUUAAUGGUGUUGUUUUUUUCUUGUUCACCACUUGUAUCAUUUAGAGCUUUCGAGUCUAUAUUCAACCGACCAUCAUCGAAAAAGACCUAGCUAUGGUGGCUAUAUAGCGCGACGUUGAAACAGACACUCACAGAUCGACUUCCUUUCUUCCGCUCAUUUACGCACUUCUCGACAACCACAUAUCAGCAUCAUAUCUUCAAUAACUCCGACCUUCCCCUUCCUUCCUUUUAUACUAGAGCUCGAAAAUGGCUCGACGAAGGAGACCCCCACGGGCCGGCGCUGUGAACGAGCUUCCUCCUCUACGAAUCCUCGGCCAGAUUGCAGCAUUACAGAGCAUAUACUACGCCGUUGCGCUAGUUUUGAUGCUUUUCACAUCCCUAGUUUCCGGCACGCGAUUCGGCUUGGAACUUGUUUUUGGAUGGGCAAAUCUACGCGGUGACACAACUCAAGGGUGGUUAUUAGGUUUUAUCUGGUUAUGUUGCGCCGGUGUCACUAUUUUAGCGAUGGUAGCCUUGAUAGGCCGGUCAAAGCUCGUGCUCGAUUUCGCGCUCAGCCUCCACUUUAUCCACCUCCUAGUCGUCACAUUCUACACUGGCUUCAUACCGCGAAAUGUGGCUUGGUGGACCACGAUGCUUGUCUCGAGUGCCGUUACAGUUAUAGGAGGCACGUAUGGUUGCCAGUGGAGGGAACUACGACCCAUUAGUUUUGGGGGUAAUGCAAAGAAUAGCAAUAAUGGAGAGGGUAACGCCCAAUCCGCAGCAGAAAACGGAGCUGCUGGGAUAGAGCAAGGUGACGAAGAGGCGGGCUUUUCCAGGGGUCGUGGAAGAGGUAGAGGGCGAGACGGGGCCGGGGAGUACGAAAUGGUUGGUAUAAAGGGUACGGGAGAUCGGUGAUACCCUUUGCCGUACCGAAUGGAUCACACUUCGUCGAAUUUUGUAUGAAUACCUACCUACUGCAUCGCACGGCGUUGGCUUGCUUGAAGACAAUAAUAUGAGCCCGAAGACUCGGGACUACGCUAUAUUCCACAUUUCACAUUACGACAUAGGGGUCGCCAACGAAGGCACGACAAGCAUACGAAUAUGGACAUAUUUGAUAUCAGUGCACCUAUGUCUUUCAACACACAUACUUACUGAC